AUUCGAUGCGAAUUAUUUCUAGAUUACGAAUCAGAAUUUACGAUCAGCCAGUUAUUCGAUCGAUUUUGGAAAGCGUUUGCUAUUGUUGGGCAGGCGACUGCAUACCGAGACCGCGCUGUUUAUACAGUGCGCAAUCCGCAGCCAUGACAAACGUCGACGAGCUCUUCAAGAAACCUCUCUCCAUGGCAAGUGGAAAGCGCAAGCUAGAGCCCACCCGAGACCCAAAUGAGCUUUACAAGGCAGCAAAACUAGAGUUAAAUGGCGAUGUUAAGUCCAAAGGAAAGGCUCCUAUGGUACAAGAUGAAGAGGAAGACGACAGUGAAGCCGGUCCCGAACUGCCCCCGGAUUUUAACCCCGAGAAAGAAGACAUACCAGACGAUGAAGAAGGGCGCUUUUUCGGUGGGGGAAUGGAGCGUCAGACUGUGCAGGCAAUGGAGUACAUUGAUGAACACGAUGAAGGGCAGACAGCACCCGAGAAGUUUGAUACUGCCUGGGUGCGACGGUUUGCACUCAGUUUCGAGAGGAAAAUAACCAAAAACGCUGAACUGCGAGCCAAGUUUGAGAAUGAUCCGCAGAAAUUCAUGAGUUCCGAAGCCGAUUUAGACACGGAGAUAAAAAAUGUCUCGAUACUAUCAGAACACCCGGACUUGUAUGGUGAAUUUGCGAAACUAGGCUGCGCUGGUUCUUUGGUUUCACUGUUAGCGCAUGAGAACGCAGAUAUCGCCAUUGAUGCAAUCCAGACUAUCAGCGAAUUGACGGACGAAGAUGUCUCCGCUGAGCAGGAACAAUGGGAUAGCCUAGUAAAUGCAAUGCUCGACGCAGAUCUCAUUGAACUCCUAGUACAAAAUCUCGCCCGACUAGAUGAAGAAUCCGAAGCUGAUAGGACUGGGAUAUACUAUAUUUUAAACGUUGUGGAGAAUCUGGCAUCUCAAACAUCGAUCGCGGAAAAGAUCGGACAAGACUCUACAGUCCUGGAAUGGCUCCUAUCUCGCGCACAGCGAAAGGAAGCACCUAUCACUCAAAACAAACAAUACGCGGCGGAAAUACUGGCUAUUCUCUUGCAAUCUUCUCCCAAAAAUAGAGGAAAGUUCAUUGGUCUCGAUGGCAUUGAUUCUCUUCUUCAACUCCUUAGCCAAUACCGCAAGCUUGACCCUGAAAAGGAUUCAGAUGAGGAAGAAUACGCAGAGAAUCUGUUCGAUGCUCUGAUAUGUCUCGUUGAUGAGGACGCUGGAAAAGACAAGUUCAUGGAAGGUGAGGGCAUUGAACUUGCGCAGAUAAUGCUCAAGGAAGGGAAGUUUAGUAAACCGCGUGCUUUGCGGGUUCUCGACCAUGCCCUAGGCGGGCCAGGAGGUGCUCCCGCAUGUGAACGAUUAGUCGAAGCCGCAGGCCUGCGAACUGUAUUUGGAAUGUUUAUGAAAAAGCAAGAGUUGCAAAAUAUCGAGCAUCUGCUUGGCAUUUUUGCGUCUCUCUUACGCCUACUUCCCGGAGGCUCUGCAGCGCGCAUUCGAACACUUGCAAAGUUCAUGGAGAAAGACUAUGAAAAGAUCGAGAAACUGAUAAAGCUCCGACGCGAAUAUGCUUCUAGGGUAUCGCCUGUGGAGCAAGUCAUUGAUAAGGAGCGAAAACGUCUCACCCAGGAAGAGCAAGAAAUUAUGGUGGGCGAAUGGCUAUCAAGACGUUUUGAUGCGGGUCUUUUCUCCCUUCAGCUGAUCGAUGUUAUAUUGGCAUGGCUCGUAGCUGAAGAUGACGGCGCGAAGAAAAAGAUCCAAUCGCUAUUUGCAGAUCGCGAUGAAGAUUUGUCCCUUGUACGCAAGACACUGCAAGAGCAAAUGGAGGGCUUGACGGAGGAGGAGCCUGGGCAAAAAGACUUGAAGGAUAUGCUUGAGACGCUUUUACAGUUCCUUUGAACAGGAAACUGUGGGUUAGAUGGCAAGCUCCAUUUAUGUAAAAUAAAUAUACACUAUCACGAUUUCAUUUUAAAUGUUUGUAAGGGA